UUUACCUACCUACCUAUAGAGCUUAGUCUAUUUAUCUCAGUUCUAUAGGUAGGUAGGUAUACCUACAUGUAUAAAUGAUAAUCAAGCACUAUCAACGCUCUGCCGUCUGCCGCCGGUCAGACAGGCCACUAAAACCAGUAUCAUUCAGAGUUGAAGCUCGUAGGUCGUCGACAUGGUGUACAAAUUGUUGUGUUUGUUUACGAUCAUCACGUCGGCUAGAAGUGAUAGUGCUCGAAGACCGCAUAUCGUAUUGAUUAUUGCUGAUGAUUUGGGUUGGAAUGACGUGGGUUUCCACGGGCUGAACCAGGUGGGCACCCCCAACCUGGACGCGCUGGCGUACAGCGGCCGCGUCCUGCACAACUACUACGUCAACCCCAUCUGCACGCCCUCCCGCGCCGCGCUCUUCACCGGCAAGCACCCCAUACACACAGGCAUGCAGCAUUCCGUGCUAUUCGACAUGGAGCCGCGCGGACUGCCCCUGUCUGAGAAACUGCUGCCUCAGCACCUGAAGGAGCUGGGUUACAGUACGCACCUCGUCGGGAAGUGGCAUCUGGGCUUCUUCAAGAAGGAAUAUCUACCUUUGAACCGAGGGUUCGAAUCUCACCUCGGCUUUUGGACGGGCCGAAUCGACCACUUUGAUCACGUUUCCAUGGAAAAAGGAACUUGGGGAACUGAUUUUAGACGAGGAUUCGACAUAGCUCACGAUUUGUAUGGCCAAUACGUCACCGAUAUUUUCACAGAAGAAAGUGUUAAGAUAAUCCGCGCUCACAACCAGUCGACCCCGCUGUUCCUGACGAUAGCUCACUCGGCGGUGCACAGCGGCAACCCGCCGGACCCCAUCCGCGCCCCGCACCGCCUGGUGGAGACCUUCCGGGGCAUUGAGGACCUGCAGCGGCAGAAGUUUGCUGCGGUGCUAUCCAAGCUGGACUCGUCAGUGGGCGCGGUGACAGCAGCCCUGUCAGCCGCGGGCAUGCUGGAGAACACGCUCCUCAUCUUCACCACCGACAACGGAGGCGCGGCAGCUGGCUUCAACGACAAUGUUGGCUCCAACUGGCCGCUAAGAGGAGUGAAAAACACGCUAUGGGAGGGCGGCGUGCGCGGUGCGGGGCUGGUGUGGGGCGCCUCUCUCCCGCGCGGCUCGCUCGUCACUGGCGCAGUGCAGAUGUGCGACUGGCUGCCGACCAUCUACCGUGCCGCUGGCGGGGACGUAAGCACCCUGGGUGCCAUAGACGGCGUGGACGUGUGGGGCGCGCUGGCGGGCGCCGGGUCGAUGCCGCCGCGCCGCGCGCUGCUGCACAACAUUGAUGACAUCUGGGGCAGCGCCGCCAUCACCGUUGACCAGUGGAAACUUGUCAAAGGCACGAACCACAACGGCACGUGGGACGGGUGGUACGGGCCGGAUGGGCGCGAGGGCUCGUACGACGUAGACGCUGUAUACAAGAGCCCCGCUGGUGUGGUGUUGCAGAAAGGAGGGUACAUGCCUGAUAAGGAAACCAUACUAGCGUUGAGAGAGCAAGCGACAGUAUCGUGUAAGAAUGUGACAGCAGUGCCGUGUGAGCCACUGCAGGCGCCGUGCCUCUUCAACGUGCAGGAGGACCCCUGCGAGAUGAGAAACUUGGCUGAAGAAUACCCAGAAGUACAACAUAUGCUUCUCUCUCGGCUGCAAGAGUUCAAUCGCACGGCCGUCCCUCCGGGAAACUUUCCCUACGACAGCUCCGGAGACCCGAAGCAUUGGGGAAGAGUUUUCACUAACUUCGGCGAUUAUCUUCCUAUUAGUGUCUAAUUACAACUGUGAUAAAAAUAUUGAGAUAAGAUAUUAAAUAAACUCCUUGAAUGCUAAGUUCGUCAGACUGGCCGGUAGGCCUAUAGGUAUAUGUUUCAAUGGUUUCAAGAUUGCAAUAAAUGGUAUAUCACCUCCGGUAGGAAUUUACUGUAAAA